AUGGCUACAGAGAGCCCUGCAAAAAGUCUCCAGGAUGAACUUUCUUGUCCUAUCUGCCUGGAGUAUUUCACAGACCCAGUGUCUAUUGAGUGUGGACACAACUUCUGCCGGGCCUGCAUCAGCCAGUGCUGGGGGGAGACAGAUACAAACUUCUCAUGCCCCCAGUGCAGAGAAACCGCCCUGCAGAGAAACCUGCGGCCCAACAGGCAGCUGGGGAAUGUGGUGGAGUUAGUGAAAGGACUGAGGCUUCAGGCGCUGACAGAACCCAAGGAGCAAAGAGUGUGUGAGAGGCACCAGGAGGCUCUGAAACUGUUCUGUGAGGAGGAUCAAACCCCCAUCUGCCUGGUGUGUGAUAAAUCCAAAGCUCACAGAUCUCACAUGGUGGUUCCCAUAGAGGAGGCUGCCCAGGAGUACAAGGAACAAUUCCAGACCCGACUGCAGGCUUUGAAGGAAGAGAGAGAAAAGCUCCUAGGAUGGAAACUGACAGGAGAGAAGAGAAGCCCAGAGUACCUAGGAAAGACAGAAGCUGAGAGAGAGAAAAUUGUGUCUCAAUUUAAACAGCUGCACCAGUUUCUGGAGGAAGAAGAGCGACUCCUUCUGGCCCGACUGGGAGAGCUGGAGAAGGAGAUUGUGAAGCUGCAGGAUGAAAAUAUCACCAAACUCUCCACGGAGAUUUCCCAUCUCAGCGAGCUGAUCAGCGAGAUGGAGGGGAAGUGCCAGCAGCCAGCGAGUGAAUUCCUGCAGGACGUCAGAGGCACCUUGAGCAGGUGCGAGAAGGGGAAGUUCCAGCAGCCAGGGGCGAUUUCUCCAGAUCUGGCAAAGAGACUUGGUGAUUUUACCCAGAAAAACAUUGUACUAAAGGAGAUUCUGAAGAAAUUCCAAGACACUCUGAUGUUUGAACUGCAGACAGCAAGUAAGUGGAUCUCUGUGAAUGUGACUCUGGAUCCAGACAUGGCUCAUCCCCAACUUGUCCCGUCCGCGGAUCGGAAAAGUGUGAGAUGGAGAGAGACACGGCAGGAUCUGCCCAACUACCCUGAGAGAUUUGACCCUGAGCCCUGUGUGCUGGGCUGUGAGGGAUUCACCUCAGGGAGACAUUGCUGGGAGUUGGAGGUGGGGAGUGGGCGAUACUGGGCUGUGGGGGUGGCCAGAGAGUCUGUGGGGAGGAAGGGAGAGAUCAGCCUUAGUCCUGAGGGGGGGAUCUGGACUGUGGAGCGACUGAAUGUGGGUCUAUAUCAUGCUCUCACUUUCCCUAAGACCACACUGUCACUGGGCCGGGUCCCCAGCAGGGUCUGGGUUUGUCUGGACUGUGACAAGGGGCAGGUGGCAUUUUUCGAUGCUGACAACAAGUCCCCGAUCUUUACUUUCCCCCCAGACUCUUUCAAUGGGGAGAGAAUCCGCCCUUGGCUCAGUGUCUGGUACAGUGAAACCCAGCUGAAACUUAGUUAA